AUGCCAUUAAAAAUAAUUAAAACAAGAUAUCCUGAAGGACAAAAAAGUUCCAAUGAACAGAAAAAAAGAACAGUCAAUGAUGAACCAACGGAAGAGUCUGUUCUCUUUGACGAAUCGAAUGAGGGUGUUUUAAUUAGUUCUAUUGAUGAAUCAGGUUUGAAAGGAGAGACAACAUUACCAGCUUCAAAGAAGAUCAUUGAUCAAGAAUUUUUGCAAAGAAUUCAAGAACUAUCAAGAAAAAAUUCCCAAGAUAUGUCAAAUUAUAACAUAAUAAAAUUACUUGUUUUUAACGAAAGAUUAUUUUCUGGUACAGGUAAUUUGAUUACAGCAGAACUCGAUUAG